ACUUAAAAGAUUAUCAUUGUACCAAGUGAGAUUGUGUUUUUUGAAGUGUCAUUUUUUCCAAAAUGGUGCAUAAAACGGUGUUGAAGGUAGAUCUCUCUUGUGACAAGUGCAAGAAAAAGCUCUUUGGAAUAGUGUCCAAGAUAGAAGGUGUGAAUAAAAUAGAAGCAGAUCCAGAGAAAGGAACAUUAGACGUAAUUGGGGAUGCAGAUCCAUAUAAGAUAGUUAUGUGCAUAAGGAAAGCAGGAAAGAAAGCCCAGAUUGUUACAAUUGGGCCUCCAAAGCCACCCGAAAAAAAGCCCGACGAUUUGUGUAAAGAGCUUGCAAAGUUAUGCCCAUGCUCGUAUCCAGGUAGUUGUUGGGCUUGCAGGCCCGUACCUAUAAUGACUAUGGAAUAUCAAGAUCAAGCUCCACCUUGUUCUAUAAUAUUUCAGCGAUUUCAAGUAUUCUGUGUAGGUACUGCUGAUACCAAGAUUCAGGAACUCCGCUUUUUAUGUCAAUCACUUCGCUCCCAUUUCUCUUCUUUUUCUUCAGUUCAUUCUCAAUCUCAGGUUCAGGUUACCUUAGUUGAUGUUUCUACGAGUCAGAAUGUGAUCACAAGUUUGGAGGACUUUCAUUUUGUCCCUAGGAAGGAUAUCUUAUCUUCGUAUAUGGGCCAUGAAAGUAAAGAAUACUCUCUACCUGAAGAUAGAGCCGGUGCCAUUGCUUGUAUGAGUAAAGCUCUAGCACUUUUUAUAAAGAAAGCUUAUGAUGAUAAUUUACUUGUUGGAGCUAUCGGUCUUGGAGGGAGUGGAGGAACGUCUUUACUGUCCUCCGCUUUUAGAAUUCUUCCAGUUGGUGUGCCAAAAUUCAUUGUUUCUACAGUAGCCGCUGGCCAAACUCAGCCUUACAUUGGUACGUCAGAUUUGGUAUUGUUUCCCUCUGUAGUUGAUAUAUGUGGAAUCAAUAGGGUGAGCAGGGUUAUUUUAUCCAAUGCUGGAGCUGCAUUUGCGGGGAUGGUUCUAGGAAGCUUAGAGCGAUCAUUGGAUUCUGCUAAUAAUAAGGAUAAACCUACUCUUGGCAUUACUAUGUUUGGUGUGACCACCCCAUGUGUUGAUGCUGUCAAAAACAGGUUGCUCGAGAAAGGUUAUGAAUGUUUGGUGUUCCACGCAACUGGGGUGGGGGGCCGAGCGAUGGAAGAUCUUGUUAGAGGUGGUCUAAUACAGGGCGUGUUGGAUAUCACAACAACCGAAGUCGCUGAUUAUUUAGUUGGAGGUGUCAUGGCAUGCGACAGUUCUCGCUUUGAUGCUAUCAUAGAGAAGAAGAUCCCCUUUGUUCUUAGUGUUGGAGCCUUGGAUAUGGUAAACUUUGGGGCAAGGGACAGCAUACCUUCCGCCUUUCAGGGUAGAAACAUUCAUGUGCACAACGAACAGGUGUCACUUAUGCGGACCACAACAGCUGAAAACAAGAUGUUUGCUAAGUUUAUCGCGGACAAGCUGAGCAAGGCAUCAUCAAAAUUUUGUGUCUGCUUGCCAGAAAAAGGUAUCUCUGCACUUGAUGCAACUGGAAAGCCUUUUUAUGAUCCUGAAGCAACUGGCACCCUACUUAAUGAACUGCAAAGGGAGAUUCAGACAGAUGAAGAUCACCAGGUAAAAAUAUAUCCUCAUCAUAUCAAUGACCCUGAGUUUGCAGCAGCAUUAGUGGAUGCAUUUCUAGAGAUCAGCAGCAAGAUUGCACCAGGUUCAAGUAUUGAGAAAGUUUCCGCUGGCGAACACAAUCAAUAUCUUUGUGAAGAUUUGAAACGUGAUGUAGACUCAUCUAGUUAUCCAUCAGUACAAUACAGUUUGACUGAACUCCCUGAUGCAAAUAAAGAAACUCUGCGAAGAAGGCAGACAAUAUUGCGGACGCUCAAUGAUCAAAUAAAAAAAGGAAUUCCAAUAAUAGGAGGUGGUGCUGGGACAGGGAUAUCAGCUAAGUUUGAAGAGGCAGGUGGCAUUGAUCUUAUAGUCAUAUACAACUCUGGUAGAUUUCGGAUGGCUGGACGGGGAUCGUUAGCUGGCCUAUUGCCUUUUGCUGAUGCAAAUGCAGUAGUUCUCGAAAUGGCAAAUGAAGUUUUACCGGUGGUGAAAAAUGUACCAGUUCUUGCUGGAGUAUGUGGGACUGACCCUUUCCGCAGAAUUUAUUAUUUUCUAAAACAAAUAGAGGCAAUUGGAUUUUGUGGGGUGCAAAACUUUCCAACUGUAGGCCUAUUUGAUGGUAACUUCAGAAAGAAUUUGGAGGAAACAGGAAUGGGAUACGGUUUGGAAAUUGAGAUGAUUGGUUUAGCACACAAAAUGGGCCUUUUAACAACUCCAUAUGCAUUCAACGAAGAUGAAGCCGUAGGGAUGGCAAAAGCUGGUGCUGAUAUUAUAGUAGCGCACAUGGGACUUACAACUUCUGGAUCAAUAGGUGCAACAACUUCCGUUUCAAUGGAUGAAAGUGUAAUUCGUGUUCAAGCUAUUGCUGAUGCAGCACAUAAUAUCAGGCCGGAGAUUAUUGUCCUCUGUCAUGGAGGUCCGAUAUCUGGUCCAAAAGAAGCUGAGUUCAUACUGAAGAGAACCAAGGGAGUUCAUGGCUUCUAUGGGGCAUCCAGCAUGGAAAGACUACCCGUCGAGGAGGCUAUAACGAGCACGGUAAAACAAUAUAAAUUAAUUUCGCUGAACUGAAAGUCUGAAACUCACUUGGUUGCCAGACUUGCUUUCUUUUAUUAGUCCAAUGUUUGUGACAGACAGAAACUAACAAUAAGGGAGUGCUAAUGGGAAAAAAAAUAAAUUUUGUGCAUGUUUGAAUACAAUUUUUUUGCUAUAAACGACUUCUUUGUCAAUA